GCGCUGGGAUUGGUCACUAGAUUUCGAAGCCAUCUCUUUUUUUUUUUGGGGCACGCAGCACAAAUUAAACUGGCCUACUGUAUGGCAUACUCCCGUCAAGAGAAAUCAACAGAUUGUGAAAGUUCAGACUCUGUGCGACAGAAAACGUGCAGAAGACAGCAACUUCAAGACCAAACACACACAAAAAAAAGUCGCGCCAGUUUGCCACGUCGGCAAAUAAGAUCCUCUCCUUAUUUGCCUCGGUCAUUCCGGAAUUUGCCGUGUCCAGAGCAAAACAUUUGCCCCAGCUUUUCUAACAACAUGUCCGACUACAGCCUCAUCAUCUCCGGCGACUGCGGCGGCACCAACACGCGUCUGUCGCUGUGGAAGAUCCCCAACGGCGCCACGCAACUCAAGGGCAACAUCGCCCCGGGUGAUGCCAUCUUCGCCAAGAAAUACCUCAACGAGGACCACGCGAGCUUCAACGAGGUGUGCCACCUCUUCAUGAACGAGGCCAAGCUCACGGACCACGUGCCCGAGGCCUGUGUGCUGGCCUGUGCCGGUCCUAUCCUCAACAACACGAAGUUCCCCGAGAAGGUGGACCCGAAGGUGCACGAGCAGUUCCUGACUGCCAACACGCAGCAGGGCAAGGUGAUCGGUGAGAACGCCAAGACGAACGAGCUGUGCAACCAGACUCUGGAGAUCUUCGUGGGUGCGUAUGGCCGUGAGGCUGGUAACGCGAUGCUCAAGUAUCUGCCUCGCGGUGGCUUCUACAUCACGGGUGGUCUGGCCCCCAAGAACCUGGACUACUUCACUAAGAAGGACAUUUUCCUCAAGUCUCUGUUCGACAAGGGUCGUGUGAGCCCUGCACUUAAGGCUUGCCCCAUCUACUUGGUGCUUACGGAGGAGCUUGGCGAGCGCGGCGCUCACUUCUACGCGUACCAGUUGCUGCACUCGAACGCGUAA